AUGAAGUUCUUCCAGCAAAUCGUCCUGGGUCUGGUGCUCGUCCUGGCCAUCAUGGGUUCGCUGGCCAGCGCCAAGCCCCAGGAGGCCGGGGAACCGGAGGAGUCGCUGGUCGAGGACUCGGAGUCGGGAGGCUCCGUGCCCGAGGACGCCCAGCAGGACUACCUCAACGUGGCGGACUUCACCACUGCCGCUCCUACAUGGUGGUGGAACUAG